UGCAAAAUGGCGGCGCCGCCGAGCCCAGUGCGCGGCGCUGCCGCCGCCGCCCCGGCCGUCUCGGAGAAGGAGCCCUUCGGCAAGCUGCAGUCGUCCUCCCGGGACCCGCCGGCGUCUCUGUCCGCCAAGAAGGUCCGGAUGGAGGAGAAGAAGGCUCCGCGGCGAGUGAACGGGGACGGGGGCGGCAGGCAGGCGCUGGCCCCUCCGCCUCUGAGCGGCGGCGGCCCCGCGCCCUGGAGCCUCCGAAGCUUUGACGUCCGAGCCAAGGGCAAUAGUAAAGAUCUCAGGUCUUAUGCAUUAGUGGCUUAUUGUAACCUGCUGGCGCAGCACUGCUACUGCAUGCCAGAAUCUUCCUUCUGUCAUUUUGCUUUCUCACCAGCAAAGAAUGAGAAUUUCUUGGUUCUCCAUACUUGCCAAACAUUGAUGUUGUCCGUGAUUAUUGCUCUUAUUGUGCAUUGCGAUAAAAUCAAAGACAAAAUUAAAGAGAGAGAAAAAAAGAAGCAUAAAGUAAUGAAUGAGAUCAAAAAAGAGAAUGGAGAAGUAAAGAUUUUGCUGAAGAGUGGGAAGGAGAAACCAAAAUCAAAUGUAGAAGACUUACAAAGUAAAAAGGUAAAGAAGAAAAAGAAAAAGAAACACAAAGAGAGUGAGAAGCGGAAGCGUCCAAAAAUGUAUAGCAAAUCUAUUCAGACCAUUUGCUCAGGACUGCUGUCAGAUGUUGAAGAUGAAGCAGCCAAAGGCGUCCUCAGUGACAACAUAAAAGAUUAUGUUGCAAAGAGCGCGGAUCCCAGGAACUCUGAUUGCAGAAUUCCGGAGAACAGUGACUUUCCCUUUGUCUCGUUGAAGGAGCCCCGGGUUGAGAAGACACUCCGGAGGCUGGACACGCUGGAGUUCAAGCAGCUUAUUCACAUCGAGCACCAGCCCAAUGGCGGCGCCUCUGUGCUGCACGCCUACAGCAGCGAGCUCUCAUGCCUGUCUCCUGUGGAGAUGGAGAGGUUCGCCGAGGAGUUCGUGGGUCUGGUGUUCAGCGAAAAUGAGAACUCGGCAGCCUUUUAUGUGAUGGGGAUCGUUCACGGGGCGGCUGCCUACUUGCCUGACUUUUUAGACUACUUUUCUUUUAACUUUCCCAAUUCCCCAGUGAAAAUGGAGAUCCUGGGAAAGAAGGAUAUAGAAACUACAACUAUGUCCAGUUUUCAUGCUCAGGUAAAGAGGACGUAUUCCCACGGCACUUACAGAGCUGGCCCGAUGCGACAGAUAAGCUUGGUGGGAGCAGUUGAUGAAGAAGUGGGCGAUUACUUCCCUGAGUUCCUUGACAUGUUGGAGGAGUCACCGUUUUUAAAAUGCACACUGCCCUGGGGGACCCUGUCCAGCCUUCAGCUAGAAAGUCGCAGAGACAGUGACGAUGGCCCCAUCAUGUGGGUGCGUCCGGGAGAGCAGAUGAUCCCUGUGGCUGAUGUGCCCAAGUCACCUUUCAAAAGGAAGAGAACUACCAAUGAAAUAAAAAACCUCCAGUACCUACCUCGAACCAGCGAGCCUCGUGAGAUGCUCUUUGAAGACAGGACGCGCGCGCACGCGGAUCACAUCGGGCAGGGCUUCGAGCGGCAGACCACGGCGGCUGUGGGCGUGCUCAAGGCUGUGCACUGUGGAGAGUGGCCUGAUCAACCUCGAAUAACCAAAGAUGUAAUUUGUUUUCAUGCUGAAGACUUCUUAGAAAUAGUUCAGCGAAUGCAGUUGGAUUUGCAUGAGCCUCCACUGUCCCAGUGUGUCCAGUGGGUUGAUGAUGCAAAACUUAAUCAGCUGAGGAGGGAAGGCAUCCGCUAUGCCAGGAUUCAGCUGUAUGAUAAUGACAUUUACUUUAUUCCAAGGAAUGUUGUUCAUCAGUUCAAGACAGUUUCUGCCGUAUGCAGUUUAGCAUGGCAUGUUCGGCUCAAGUUGUAUCACUCGAAGGAGGAUGUUACGCAGAGUACGGCUGCUCAUGAGACAGCGGCAUCAUUAGAUUCCAUGCCAUUAGUUCUUGGACCUCACUCAGACACCAGGAUUUGUGCUGUAAGGAAAACCUCCUUCGAUUCUGCGUUUUCAGACAAACUUCAUUCUAAAUAUGAAUUAUCGCAGAUUAAACAUGAACCUCAUGCAUCUGUAAGGAUCAAGGAAGAACCUGUGAACAUUAAUAUUUCUGAAAAGACAAAAGCACCAAAUAAUAUGGAUGGGAAGACUAUUAAAGCAAAAUUGGAUCAUGUUCAGUUUACAGAAAUGAAGAUUGAUAUGGAUUCUAACUUUGAAAAUAGCAACAAAGAACUAAAGGAAGAAUUAUGUCCUGGAAGUCUCAUAAGUCUGGUUGAUACAAGGCAGCAUAGUUCAGUACACUCAAAUCAAGAAACAAAAGAUGAUGACAUUUUGUGCUAAAUUUGUACAGAGCAUUUAAAAAAAUUUUUUUUUAAAAAAUGAAUAAUGUAAUAAAGAUUCAUGAAUUCUGAAAGCAA